AUGCUCGGAUUUGCGCUGUUGACGUCACGAGGCAGCCAGCAGUACACGGCGCUCAGUAUACACGAUCUAACGCAACAGAUUGUUGACGUCAAUAACAUGAUGGUGGCGUGCGAUUACGCGUCACGGUCGUUACCUCACAGUCGCCAUCAUCUGUCGCGGCCGUAUAUCCUUGAAGUGGAUGAACACAUGUCAAAAAUAUCUAAAAAUGAAAACAGCAGCUACUUUGCCGAAUGGAUACCCAGUAACGUCAAAACUGCCAUCUGCGAUAUUCAGCCAAGGGGACUUAAGAUGUGUGCUACAUUGAUCGAAAAUACCAAAGCCAUACAAGAGCUAUCUGAGAUUAUCUGA